AUGUUGAAGUCCCGUCUCAUGCUGUUGGACGAGCCAGCAAGAUCAGCGGAUACUACCAAGUCUCCGUUCGUUUGUCUUCUCCUUGAUGAUAAGCUCCUGCAACUUUCUUCGGGCGGAGACGCUGUCUGUCCCCUAUGCCGCGGCAAACUUUCAAAGGGCGACGUGUUCUCGGUAGAGCAAACGCGGGAGGCUCGACAGAACCUUGCUCGCAACGCAUCCGGCGAGGACGAGGACGGGGAGAGGCAGACGGAUCGGGUGCAAGCGGAAGAGGAGGAGCAGAGGCUGAGCCCCAAGAUUCAAGCGCUUCUCGUCGAUGAGCAGGAGGCUCAGCAGGCAGACAAGACAGUCAAAUCCGUCGUGUCUUCCACCUUCCUCUCAUGUUUGGAUGAGACAGAAAGUGCCAUGAUCGCUGCUGCCAUCCCCGUCUUUCGCAUCGAUGGCACGACGAGCAUCCUCCAGCCCCGGCGGCUGAUACAAGACUUUGACUCUCAUCCUCAAGGCGCCCUUCUCCUCCUCAGCUCCAAGGUCAGAAUCCUUUCCAUCUCCUUCCCCCUGCUCCCCUCCCCUCGCUCUGACCUCCAGCUAGCUGGGAGGCGCGGGGCUCUCGCUCACCAUGGCGUCGAGAGCUCACAUGAUGGAACCAUGGUGGAACGCGGCAGUCGACGAGCCGCUCAGCAGGCGAUGCAUCGGCUCCACCGCAUCGGGCAGACGCGCCCAGUCACCAUCAUCGGCUACAAGUGCCAAGGGACCGUUGAGCAGAAGAUCAUGGAGAUGCAGGAGAAGAAAGAUUGGCUGGGGAAGGCGGCGAUGAUGAGGAUGGAAGCCGACGAGCUGCUGGAAAUGCGCCUGCGGCUGUUCAGGACGCCCUUCCUGAGAUCGAGUCAGGGAUGUCGUGGGAGACGACUACUCGAAACUAAAGUGAUCAAGCUCUUCCGAUUCGACAUCUCUCCCAAGAACCUGGCCGAUGCCCUCAAAGCUCACAACAAGGAGGCGAAAGCACAGGUGCAGCUUGUCGUAUUGAAUUCUUGUUUCUCGCAUGAACACGCAAAGAAGCUAGCCGAAGUUGUUGACUUUGCUAUUGGGCACGAGGAUGAAUUGGCGAAUGACAGCACCAUUGAGUUUUCGGGCAUUUUCUAUCAAAGUCUCUUCCAAGGAUACACAUUGUUGAACUCAUUCGAGCUCGUGUCGACCUUGCUCGAGAGCUAG